AUGCCCGCCAAUUCAAACUCACCCACUCAGGUUCGCCGGCUGCAAGCACGCAAGCCGGGAUCAUCUGUGCUCUGGGGCCACCUGCUUUCUGACAGCGCCGCAUCAUCUAUUGCGCGCUCUGCAGACCGCUCUUCUCCCAACCUUCCACCUAUUGCGCCCACUGAUAAAGCAGGAACAUCCUUGCGGAUUUUAUUACACGACACACAAGCAAAUCUAGAGAAGUUUUCCGACCGUGUAAGCAAGCUCACUGGUGGAGUGGAUGAAUCACGGCGAGAGAUUGUAACGGUUCAGACAUUAUUUCAACAAGAUCGAGAAAAUCUCGUGGAAACCAUGGUAAAUUUGGUGAAUAGAUGCCAAGUUGAGGUCCAGCGAUCAUUGGGGAGCCCAGCUCAAGAUUCGAGAGUUGAAGGACUAAGGAAAGACAUAAUUUCUGUGGAACGCAAACUCGAGACAUUAGACAAGAAAAUGGAUACCUUGCAUACGCUCAAUCAGACACAAUCCCAGACUUUACAAGCCCUUCAGGAUCAGCAGGUCAAGCUACUCGAAAAUGUUGUUGCGAUGCUUCCUCUUUUGCAGACAAUGCCUCUACAUAUUGAGAAUGCUCGCAAUGCAGUGAAGGAUACCAUACGGGAAAGCGAGAUAUUCUCUCGACCUAUCGUAGCUCUCCAAAACGCUCUUACACGCAAGCAGGAACAUAUAGUAGCCGACCAAUGCACAACUCAUCCUAUCGGAGUUGAGGCCGUAUCUGCUAAUUUAUCGCCUGGCCCACACGGAAGUAGGAAGAAACGCAAACUCCACGCCGAGGACCGCGGUCUGGAUUGUGUUUCCAUUCAAGAACAUAUCGGAUCGGUUGCUGCUCGUCCGAGUGAUCUAGCGCAGGUCUAUAGUAAGACCUCUCUACUUCUCACAACCCCUAGGCCUGCCAAAUCUCGGGUAUCUCCAGUCAAUCUGUGCGGGAAGACACCCACAAGCGCUGUGACUCUUCAAAGUCCUGCCCGUAUCCCUCUUACCGAUAUUCUUCCACCCAACAAAUCUACCGGAACCGACUCGUUACCGCACUCCUCUCGCCUGCUUAGAACUCCUGUUUCUCAUGCUGCAGCUGACCACAGAUUCAAGACUCCUCUUCGGCCGGCAUCUCGUCCACCUGGAGCUGUUAGUACCACCCUCUCUCGUGCUCCUGUUCGUCCUGCUCUUGGUAAUUCUGCUCCGGCUACGGAGAUGCCUCAGAAAGUGAGCUCGCUGGCAUCCUCGUCUAGUACCCUGUCGCAGCGCUCUUCCGCUCAAGAACGGUUUUCCUCUGGCCUGAGUGGUCCUACUGUCGAUUCGCGUAUGGCCAUCGUGGCUCAGACUUGCUCACGUAAUUCCCUUCACUCUUCAAUUACCAGUGCAACUGCUAGUCCUUCCAUCCCAAUUCCUGCAGCACCUCGAUGUAACCCGUCGGAUUUAAUGUCUCGAGUUAUGUCUGGCAUAUAUUCACCCACAGGCAUUCAUGACUACCGAUUUCACACCCCCAUUCGGUCUUCGCCUAUGAUAGAUGAUUUAUCAACCACCUCUUUUCCUAAGACAUAUACCCCCCACAUGAAUAAGGUCAACGACGGCCCGCUUCCCACGAGUAGCAAACCGAUGAGUAUCAGAGAUAGAAGAGCUCAACUUGCAACUCCGAUAGCACGAACCGAAUCAAAAAGAUUUAUUCCUCUCGAUGAUGACGAAGAUGGUGAUUUAUCUUUAGAGUAA